GUCAUUUGUGGCUUCCUCAAGAUAAAAUUUAUUAUCCAUAUUAUCCUGUCAAUUCAGAAAUUUCCAAAAGAUUGUCCUUUUUGCCAUAAAAACAGAAAAUGAUUGAAAACAAUGUUGAAUCGUUGCGAAAUCAACUAACAAUUGCCCGGAAUGAAAUAAACAAAUUGCGACAACAAGUGAAAAAUCUCAGUCACGUCCAGCGCAAAGAUAUCGAUGAUUUAUCUAGACUCCUACGCGAUUUUCGUUGUGAAGGAUGUCGCCAAAAUGAAGAAAAUACCAAAAAUAGCAAUGAUGCUAUAAAUCAGGAAUUAAAUGGAUGUGACCAGACCACGGCUCGCUUUCGCCCAAUCGGCGUGAUUAAGACUUCAUUCCCAGAGAAAAGAGCUGUUCCACGACAGUCAAGCAUUGGAGCUCGACUUAAGGGAGUGAUCGAACUGAAUGCAGAAGUAUUUACAAAUCCUGAACAUUCACUUGACGGUUUGAACGAGUUUUCCCACCUUUGGAUAAUUUAUCAUUUCCACAAGAAUAAUUCCCAUCCCAAAGCCAAGGUCGCACCUCCCCGGCUUGGGGGUGAGAGAGUUGGAGUUUUCUCAACGAGAUCACCACACAGACCGUGUCCCAUUGGACUGUCGUUGGUAGAGAUUGACAAAAUCGAAGGCUCAACUAUUGUUUUUAGCGGAACAGACAUGGUGGAUGGAACUCCUGUUCUAGAUAUAAAACCAUACAUUCCUUUUUACGAUGCUCCUAAUGUCAUUGAAUCUGGUCGUCAUUCUGUUGGUGAGCCUACAGCUGAUUUCUAUAACUCACGUCAGGAGCCAGAUGGUGAAGAAUCUGAGUUGGAACUGAAUGGCGCUGUAGCUCUACCAAAUCCACCAAACUUUGCUAAUCACAUUUCCCCACCACCCACAGCUGUCAAGGUUCCCAAUUGGAUUGUCUCCGGGCACAGACUGAGUGUUCUUUUCAACGAAAGGGCCGAAAGACAGCUUCAUGAACUACAGGUGCGCCGCCAAUGCAUUGUUGACAUCCUCGAAGCAGAUCCCAGGUCAGUGUAUCUUCGAACUAAAUACGGCUCCCAGAUAUUCACAUUCCAGCUGAGUGAGGUCACCGUGACAUGCAAGUUCGAUGACAAAAAUUCCACCGUAACAGUUGUACAGAUUCGUCGAACUGAAAACGUCCAAGACGAAAGUACUUAAGGCGCCCAAUCGCCAGUCACUUAUCGUUAGCGGCUCAUCUAGCUUGCACAAUUUGUUUAGUGAUGUGAUUUAGGUAAUUUAUGUUUGUAUUCCAUGUUUGUUAUGUUCUUAUGUUGUUAUUAGUUGUACCUGGCGAUAAUGUGAGUUAAAAGCAAAACAAAAACUACUUUAAAUGUUCGAUACUAUUUUAGCGAAACAAAAAUCCCUAACAUCAUACACUUAGCCACACAAAUCCAACCCACCUACCUUCCAACUAUUUAUGUGACCUCUCGUACAUAAUAGCGACACUCAUAUCCUUAGAAAUAAUUGAGGAGCUUUCAAACAAAAAGCAAACGAAUGUAUUUUUGUUGUGAUUGAUUUACCAACAAAAAAAAACGAACAAAAGUUAAAUGGUGUCUUGGUAGCUGCUUUUGUUCGAAAGCUUCUCAUUUGAAAUCAUGUAGUUUACUAUUUAUAGUUUUACAAACAAAACAAAUUGGGAUAGAAUCAAGUAAAAAGAUGCUUCUAAAUAACUUGUUUACAUUGUUUAAGGACCUAAUUUUAAUUUGUUUGCUUUAUUGAAGCAAUAAAGUAAAGACGUUGUGAUAACACGAA